AUGUCUUUCUUCAAGAAGCUCACCAAAGAGUUCGAAGAGCUCAAAUCGAGCUUUACGGACGAUCCCAAGAAGGAGUCAACUCCGGCCAAGCCACCGCAGCAGGAGCAGCAGAGGGAUUAUAGCCAACAACAGCAUGGAACUCAACAGUCCUACGGCCAGCAGCCUCAAUACAACCAGCAGCCAUAUGGUGGACAAUAUCAAGCACCGCCACUACCUCAGAUAGGACAUGCACCACUAAAACUACCUCCAGGCUGGCAUAUGCAGUGGGAUCAAGCUAGUCAACGGAACUACUACGUUGAGACAGCUACUGGUUGUACACAGUGGGAUCCGCCUAUCUCGGCCGAAUCACAUUUCUCGCUUCCACCAUCAGGACCCCGACCCGGGCGAUAUGGUGCGCCGGGUCACGAUGCGAACCGAGGGUAUGCUGGAGGUCAUGAUCAGCACCAAUACAACCAGCAAGGAGGAUAUGCCGGAGCACCGGGAUACAACCCUCAUGGUGCGCCGGGUCCUUAUAACCCCUCUAUGGGUGGACACGCUGGUGCUGGUGCAUAUCCUCCGCCUGGUGCUGAAGUGAAGAAGGACAAUUCGAAGCGUAAUAUGCUCCUUGCUGGCGGCGCUGGCUUGGCUGGCGGGGCCUUGUUGGCUAACGCAUUUGACGGCGAUGAUGACCACCGCAACGCCGUUUCUGCAGCAUCACAACAAUCAGGCGGAUACUACGGUGGUGGAAGUGGCUAUGCACAGCAAGGCUACCCACCUACCGAGCCACCUCCUGCAGAGCUCCAUUACCAACCCGUGAUGCAGAUGGCGACUAUUGACCGGGAGAGCGUGGAAGAGGCCCAGGAAGACGUUCGAGAUGCUCAAGAAGAGCUUCGGGAGGCUAGCAGUGAGAGUGAUCGAGAAAGUGCACGAGAGGAUCUGGAGGAGGCUCAAGAGGAGUAUAGAGAGGAGUACGAGGAGGCGUAUGAUGAUUGA